GGCGAAGAAGAACGAGAUGACGUAGCCUGUCCCCGGAAGUGCAUGCCUCGAAGUUUCGUCAGACACGAGAGUCCACGUCAAGCCGACAGAAGAGUUCCUCUGUGGUGGGUCAGAAAAGAUGGGAGACCCCAUAACCGAGUACACGGGCCGGCUGCAGCAACAGGAGAAGGAGAUCCAGAGUCUCUCUGCAGAAAUCGAGAGCCUCAAAAACCCACGGAACCCCAGCGCGUCCGAACACCUCGAUGCGCUGCGGGACGAGAACGCCAAGCUGAAGUACCGCGUCAACAUCCUGAAGAGGAGCCUGCAGGAGGAGAGGCCGACCAGCUGCAGCACGUCCAUGACCAACAUCAACCAGCGGCUGCAGGAGGUUUUCGGCGAGGCCAUCCGGGCGUCCUGCCCCGAGCUGGACGACCCCCCCGUGUCGGUCGCGCCCAACCAGCAGGCCAAGUUCGGAGACUACCAGUGCAACAGUGCCAUGGCCAUGUCUCAGAUGCUGAAGGCCAAGGGGGUGAAAGCCAACCCGAGGGAAAUCGCAGAGAAGAUCAUCCAGAAUCUGCCGGACAACGAAGUCGUCGAGAAAACUGAAAUCGCGGGACCAGGGUUCAUCAACAUCCACCUGAAGAGGCCGUUCGUGUCCAAACUGCUGAGCAAGCUGCUAAUCAACGGCGUGCAGCCCCCACCGCUGGACUCCAGGAAGCGGGUGGUGGUGGAUUUCUCCUCUCCCAACAUCGCCAAAGAGAUGCACGUGGGCCACCUGCGCUCCACCAUCAUCGGGGAAAGCAUGUGCCGUCUGUUUGAGUUCCUGGGCUACGACGUUCUGAGGCUGAACCACGUGGGUGACUGGGGGACCCAGUUCGGGAUGCUGAUCGCCCACCUGCAGGACAAGUUCCCCGACUACCUGACGUCCUCGCCGCCCAUCGGCGACCUCCAGGCCUUCUACAAAGAGUCGAAGAAGCGCUUUGACGAGGAGGAGGACUUUAAGAAGCGGGCGUACAAGUGUGUCGUCAGACUGCAGAGCAAAGAGCCCAGCUUCCUGAAAGCCUGGAACCUCAUCUGUGAUGUUUCCAGGAGAGAGUUCCAGAGGGUUUACGACUGCCUGGACAUCCGGAUCAUGGAGAGGGGAGAGUCGUACUACCAGGACAUGAUGACGAAGGUGGUGAAGGAGUUUGAGGAGAGAGGCAUGGCGGAGCUGGACGAGGGGCGAAAGGUCGUCUUCGUCCCCGGUCAGUCCAUCCCCCUCACCAUCGUCAAGUCGGACGGCGGGUACACCUACGACACGUCGGACCUGGCCGCGCUGCGCCAGCGCCUCUUCGACGAGAAGGCCGACAUCAUAAUCUACGUCACGGACAGCGGGCAGGCCACUCACUUCCAGGUGGUGUUUGCCGCCGCUCAGAUGAUCGGCUGGUACGACCCGCGGGUGACCCGGGUGGAGCACGCCGGCUUUGGUGUGGUGCUGGGGGAGGACAAAAAGAAGUUUAAAACCCGAUCCGGAGACACCGUGAGGCUGAUUGACCUCCUGGAUGAGGGACUCAAGAGGUCCAUGGACAAACUGAAGGAGAAGGAGAGAGACAAGGUCCUGACCCCCGAGGAGCUGACCAAGGCCCAGAGGUCGGUCGCGUUCGGCUGCAUCAAGUACGCCGACCUGUCCCACAACCGCGUCAACGACUACGUCUUCUCCUUCGACAAGAUGCUGGACGACCGGGGCAACACGGCGGCGUACCUGCUCUACGCCUUCACUCGCAUCAGGUCCAUCGCUCGUCUGGCUAACAUCGACGAGGCGGCGCUCAGGAAAGCGGCAGAGACCUCCGAGGUCCUCCUGGACCACGAGAAGGAGUGGAAGCUGGGGAAGUGCCUCCUCCGCUUCCCGGAGAUCCUGCAGAAGAUCCUGGACGACCUCCUGCUGCACACGCUCUGCGACUACCUGUACGAGCUCGCCACCACCUUCACCGAGUUCUACGACAGCUGCUACUGCAUCGAGAAGGACCGAAAGACGGGUGAGGUGGUGAAGGUCAACAUGUGGAGGAUGCUGCUGUGCGACGCCACGGCGGCCAUCAUGGCCAAGUGUUUCGACAUCCUGGGCAUCAACCCCGUCGGGCGGAUGUGAUGUCACAACGUUCCCCACAGGACCAGAUGGAGUAAACGCUGUUUUUUUCACUCCCAUCGCGGCCAGAAACUCGCUGGACUUUAAAGUUGAUUCCAGCUAUUAACGGUUUCUUUUUUUUUUAUUAUUAAAGAACUGAUGUGAAAUUCAAAAAUC